AUGAAUUUCCUUUCUAAUUUAGCCGAUUCUAUUCCCGUGGUUGGACAUGUCAAGGGAGUCAUCCAUUACGCAGCUGGAGAUACUGAAGACGGCACCAAUGCCAUGUACCAAGCCACCAGAACUACUGCAGUCUUAGGAGCUGGUGCUGUUGGAUCUCUCGCGGGUCCUGGAGGAGCUGUAGUAGCUGCUAUGUAUGCUGGUGCAAUUAUAGACGGUGUCGCUUCUGUAGCCAUGGAUAAACCACAAGGAUUGGUCAAAGGGUUCAAAAAUAUAGCAGAAGAUCUAAAUAAAGGAAAAAAUCCAAUAGGUUCAAUAGCAAGAACAGGAUUUCAAGUGGGAAUAGAUGGAAUAGGUGGUUUUGGAAUUGGUGGCGUUUCUAGUGCAGCGAGUCAAGUUUCAGGGAAAGCUAUAGCGAAAGGUGUGGAAAACUUUGCGAAGACUGCAGUCAAGAUUGUUGGAGAAAAGGUCAUUCAGAAAACUGUGAAGAUAAAGGGAGAAGAAGUUGUAAAGACGGUGAAGAAGACUGUUACGGAAAAGGCAGUAAAGAAGGUUAUAGAAUAUGUCGCGGUUCAAGCAGAGUUUGCUUUGGUAUCUGCUCAUAUUUGUAUGCAAGCUGAUGAAAGAACUAAGGAAGAAAAAAGAGUAAACGAGCUAGAGAUGAUUUUGAUGAUGGUAAAGAUAACUGAUGAAGACGAAGACGUGACAGAGAACGACGUGAGAGUGAAGAAAGAGAACGGCAUGCGAGAGAAGAAAGAGAAUGGCGUGAAAGAGAAGAAAGAUAACGGCAUGCGAGAGAAGAAUGAGAACGGCUUGCGAGAGAAAAACGACAAGAACAAGAACGACGUGCUAGAGAACAACAGUAACAACGAGCUAGAGAAUAACAGUAACAACGAGCUAGAGAUCAACAGGAACAACGAGCUAGAGAACAACAGGAACACCGUGUUGAAAAACAAUAGAAACAACGAGCUAGAGAACAAAAGAAACAACGUGUUAGAGAACAACAGGAAUAACGUGUUAGAGAACAACAAGGACAACGAGUUAGAGAAGAACAAGAACAACGAUCUAAAUAAAAAUAGGAACAACGUGCUAGAGAACACCAGGUACAACGAACUAGAGAACAACAGGAACAACGUGUUAAAGAACAACAGGAACAACGAGCUAGAGAACAACAAAAACAACGUGUUGGAGAACAACAGGAACAACGUGUUAGAGAAUAACAGGGACAACGUGUUAGAGAACAACAAGAACAACGAUCUAAAUAACAACAGGAACAACGAGAUAGAGAACAACAGGAACAAAGAGAUAGAGAACAACCGGGACAACGUGCUAGAGAACACCAGGUACAACGAGCUAGAGAACAACAGGAACAACGAGCUAGAGAACAACAGUAACAACGUGUUAGAGAACAACUGCAACAACGAGUUAGAGAACAAG